CAUUCUGUCAAAUAAAUACUUACUCCUAUCAGAACAGACAUUCAGUCUCCAGUCAAAAUUGAUCACAAAUUAAAAAUCACAAUUCACAAUAACCAAAAAGGGGGGGAAAAUGGAAAUCAAUUGCAAUCAACAACAAAAAAAGUAAACACAAAUUCCCUUGAAUUUAAAGCCAUUGCUAACAUCCUCAUUCUCUGCUUGGUCCCAAUUGAUCAGUACUGGUGUACUACUAUUCAGUGUUCAGUUCCCUCUACAUCCUUCCCGCAUUUACUCUACCCAUUUUUAAACUCCCCUCUUCUUCUUUCUUCCCCACCAUUCAUCAAUUAUCUCCUUAUCCUUUUCAUUUUUGCAUUUAAUUCGAAUUUAGUUAGUUGAGCUGAAGUUGUAGGUUUGUGCUCAAAAUCUGGGUCAUUUUGGAGCCCUUCAUUUGGGUUAGAUUUUGAUUUUUAAGCGCAAUGUUGAGCAACGUUUUCGUACCUGAGGUUUGAAUUUAUCUGGGUUUGAUUUUGAUUUUUGAACUUUGUAGUGAGCCCCAUUGGCGUUCUUAAGGUUUGAAUUUAUUUGGGUUUAUUUACUACAUAGGGUUCAUUUGGGUUUGAUUUUGAUUUUUAAGCUCAGUGGUGAGCAAGAUUGGCGUACUUGAGGUUUGAAUUUAUCUGGAUAUGACUAAUCCGCCAUUUUUGCUUAGAUUGUACCGUUUUGAAUCAAAUUUAUUGAGCUAAAUAUGUAGAUUUGAGUUCAAAAUCUGGGUCAAUUUGGAAUUCAUCUGGGUUUUAUUUUGAUUUUAAGCUCCUCAGUAGCAAGAUUUGCGUAUAGGUUAAAAUUUUUCUGGGUAUAAUUCAUUUUAAGGUGGGUAUUUGAGAAAUGGAAGGAAGGAUGAAGAAGUACGGACAAGUGAGUCCAGAAAGAGCGAAAGUAUGGAAAGAAAGGUCCCCAAAAUAUGUGCAGAAUCGUAAAGUUCCAGUUGUUUACUAUCUAUGUCGAAAUCGACAACUUGAACAUCCUCAUUUUAUUGAAGUUCCUAUUUCUUCUUCUGAGGGUCUUUACCUGAGAGAUGUGAUUGAGAGGUUGAACAUUUUGAGAGGAAGGGGUAUGGCUUCAAUGUAUUCAUGGUCUUGUAAAAGAAGCUACAAGAGUGGGUUUGUGUGGCAUGAUCUCUGCGAAGAUGAUCUCAUUCGUCCUGCUCACGGAGAUGAGUAUAUUCUCAAGGGUUCAGAGAUCAUUGAUGAUUCUAACUCAGGUCGUUUCAGCCCUGUUGGUGUUUACAGGAUGCACAACUUAAAACAAUUGCCUGAACCACCUAGUUCUAGAAGCCAGGAUGAUACAUCUCCUUCAACGAGUACUGACGACAAAGAAGCAAAACAUCCCCGUGAAGAGGAGAUAUCCCCUCCAUCCCAACGUUCAGGUUCCUCAGCCGUCUCCCCUGAGUCGAGAGCAGGAAGCCACUCUCCGUGGGGUGCUUCCUUGAGUCUGACCGAAUACAAGUUACCCAAGAGUGACGGUGCAACUGAUGCAUCAACUCAAACCGAGGAUAAUGUAAGACAAGUCAAAAACAAAGAAACGUGUAUUCGAGGUGUUUCAACCGAAGAAGCAACAUUAGAUGGUGAAAACCAUGAGAAUUCCCAAGCUCAUACUGAUAGUAUAAAACCGAAUGUAGAGGUACCUGGGGAAUCUGUGUCCCCACCGUCUUCCUCAAGUGCAUCGUCAUCUGGAGGGAAGGCGGAAACAUUGGAAUCUUUAAUUAGGUCUGAUUUGAGUAAGAUUAACAGCUUUAGAAGACUAGAAGAGGAAGAUAUGCGUAUGCCAUCCGGUAGUAAAAUGAAAGCAACAAGCAUGUUGAUGCAGCUGAUUUCUUGUGGCUCAAUAUCAGUAAAAGAUCAUAGUUUUGGGCUGAUACCUAUCUACAGGCCGAGGUUUUCUGAUUCAAAAUUUCCCUCCCCGUUAUACUCUACUUCGGUUAUGUUAGGAGAGCUUGAUUGUUUGUCAGACAACUCAAGAUUAAUGGGUCUCAGACUGGAAGAGAAAGAGUACUUUAGUGGAAGUUUGGUUGAGACUAAAAUUCCAAAACAACAAAGCGAAGGGCGUACUCUCAAGCGGUCUUCCUCGUACAAUGCCGACAGAUCUUCAAAGCAACCGGAUUCAACAACAAACAACGAGGAUGCACCCUCCACAAAGACGAAAUGCAUUCCAAAGUCGAUCAAAACCUCUCUUAGCAAGCCAAGAAGUGAAUCAUUAAGAUCUCCUGUUUCAGAUAAACCUCGAGUUUCCUCUGAUGGAGGUCGAGAAUCACGUAUCAUAUCUUAUGGUUCAUCAAAUGGUGGCAGUAAACGGAUAUCAGAGCCUUCAUCAGGGAAAAAUCCAUCAACACGAGUAAAUUCCUUCAGAGAAGAGGAAAAGGUCGUUAAAAUCGAAGAAAGCUAACUUCAGGAGCCAGGAUUAUAAUUCAUUCGAAAGAGUGCCAUAGCUAGUGUUACGCGCUGUAAGUUUUCGCUUGUUUAGAUAAUCAAGAAUUUUCGCUCUAGUAUUGAAUGGCGGUGAUCAAAUUAAUGGUAGGAGUAGAGAUCAUUAUUAGGGGUGUUCAAAUUUAUCUGAUCUGAAAUCCGGGUUUAAAAACUUGUUAAAUUAUCCGGUUUUUGAAAACCGGAUAAUUCUGACCGGGUGUCCGGUUUUUGGGUUAAGGAUACAGUUGGGGUGGUCCAACUGCUUUGGAAUCUAGUGCUGGUUUUCAAAUGUUAGGGUACCUUAAAGAUGUAAAAGCACUGUAGUUAAGCAGUGAAAGUGUUAUUCCAAUUUCUCUGGAUUCUGCUGCACAAACAGUUUAUCUUGUACUCCUAUUUCCAGCUUUUUUGUUCAUUUGUUAAAUUUAUUUGUCAAAGAAAAGUAAGUUUUGUUUUUACUUUCUCAAACUUUAUUUUUGGAACUUGUCGGUUGGUAUGUUGCUUUGAAGUAGAUGUGUUCAAAACAAUCUGCUGAUAUUCAUUCGAUUUUAGAAUUGAAUUCGAUUUGCCUCGACUUAAAUUAUAUAAAAGUAAUGUGCACACAAACCAAUUUGGAACCGACCGGAAACAUAUAACUCGAAAUCAACCUGAUGACCGGAAAGAACACCUCUACUUUGAAGUUGGAUUAGUAUUUGCUAACAUGGGUGA